AUGGUAACUGAACGUUGCGGCGAUCUGAAAUUUAGAAUAUUAAGCAUUGAGGGAACAGAAUUCAAGCCAUAUAAACACAUGUUGUCUACUGUGUGGAUUGAAAAUCCUUCUGGUGUAAGGUUGAUUCAGUGGCGAAAUGUGAGCACAAAUGAAGGCUUGGUUGAACUUGAAAUGCCCCUGUCUGAAGAACCCAUCUUGGGAACUUGGAAAAUUAAAUGUGAUAUGGAGGAAACAAUUAUCAUUCAACAUUUUGAUGUUGAUGAAUAUGUUCUGCCUAAAUUUGAAGUAGACAUUAGGCCACCACCAUUUGUUGUAAUUAAUGACGAGACUAUUGAUAUUAAAAUAUGUGGCAGAUAUACUUAUGGUCAGCCUGUACAUGGUAGUGUACAUGCCAAAGUCUGUAUCUCACCGUCAUACUCGUAUUAUAGACUUGAUAGACCAUGUGCUGAAACUGAGAAAAAAGAUACUGGUCCUGAUGGCUGUGCUGAUUUCUCCAUUAGGGCUGAUUCUGUUGAGUUAAAGUCUUCAUACUACUCAAUUUGGGGCAAAAAGUUGAAUGUGACAGCGUCAUUUACUGAAGAAAACACUGAUAUUACACUGAAUGCUACUCAUGACACCAUUUCUAUUCAUCAAUCCAUUCGCGCUGAUAAUCAAAGCUCCAAAAAGUUUUAAACCAGGUGUUCCAUUCUAUGGAAAAGUGAAAGUUGAAUAUCCAGAUGGUUCACCAGCAGAUGGAAAACUGGUCAAUCUGAAAAUUGAUACAAAUAAUGGGUAUAUUGUGGAUAAGAAUUUCACCUCCAUUCAAGGUGUUAUCAGAUUCAGCAUUCCAGAUUUAGCAAUUGACACUUCAAGGAUGAACAUUGAG